GUAAAAAUGGGUAUUGACCUUUACUACACACCGGGAAGUUCACCGUGUCGAGCAGUACGUUUGGUAGCUGCGGCUUUGGGAGUUGAUCUUAAUCUUAAACUUAUGAAUCUGAUGGCCGGUGAACACCUCAAACCAGAAUUCAUUAAGGCAAGUCAGCUAAAUCCUCAGCACAGUGUUCCAACUUUAGUUGACAAUGGCUUCAGUCUCUGGGAAAGUAGCCGUGCGAUAAUGGGCUAUCUGGUUAAUCAAUACGGAAAAAAUGAUUAUUUGUAUCCAAAAGACCCCAAGGUACGAGCUAUUGUUGAUCAAAGACUCUACUAUGAUAUGGGAACAAUGUAUCCAGCAUUUUCCGAUUAUUAUUAUCCAAUCUUAUUUGCCGGUGCACCGGAAGAUAAAUCAAAGUAUGAAAAGAUAGCACCAGCCUUUGAUUUUCUGGAUAAAUUCUUAGAAGGCCAGAGCUAUGUUGCAGGAGACCGUUUGACUAUCGCUGACCUCGCUUUAAUCUGCACAGUAUCAAACUUUGAGUUGAUUAAAUACGACAUAAGUAAAUAUAAGAAUGUCACAAGGUGGGUUGAAAAGAUUAAAUCAGAAGCAGUCAAGUAUGAAGAAGUGAAUGGCGAAGGUCUCAAAGCUUUCCA